AUGGCAGCGACCUCCUCCGCCUCCUACGCCGUCGCGGUCGCUCUCCUCUGCCUGCUCGCCGCCUAUGGCUGCUGCGGCUGCCCUGGACCCACACCUGCCCCCGCUAUCCCCAGCCCCGUCCCCGUUAUGCCUCCACCUGCCCCCGUUACCCCCAGCCCCGUCCCCGUUACACCUCCACCUGCGCCCGCUACCCCCAGCCCAGGCUCCGGCUCCGGCAGCACCAACGGCUCCUCCGACGGCUGGCUGGACGCGAGGGCCACCUGGUACGGCGCCCCCGAUGGCGCCGGGCCGGACGACAACGGUGGCGCGUGCGGGUUCAAGAACGUGAACCUGCCUCCGUUCAACGCCAUGACGUCGUGCGGCAACGAGCCGCUCUUCAAGGACGGCAAGGGAUGCGGCUCCUGCUACCAGAUAAGGUGCGUGGCUCACGCUCAUCCGGCGUGCUCCGGCGUCCCAGAGACGGUGAUCAUCACGGACAUGAACUACUACCCGGUCGCCCGCUACCACUUCGACCUCAGCGGCACUGCGUUCGGCGCCAUGGCCAAGGACGGCCGCAACGACGAGCUCCGCCACGCCGGCAUCAUCGACAUGCAGUUCAAGAGGGUGCCAUGCCAGUACCCGGGGCUGUCGGUGACGUUCCACGUGGAGAAGGGGUCGAACCCCAACUACCUGGCGAUCCUGGUGGAGUACGGGAACGGCGACGGCGACGUGGCGCAGGUGGACCUCAUGGACGGCGGCGAGACGACGGGGGCCUGGAGGCCGAUGAGGCACUCGUGGGGCUCCAUCUGGCGCCUGGACACGCGCCGCCCGCUGCGGGGGCCCUUCUCGUUGCGGGUCACCAACGGGUCCGGCAGGUCGCUCGUCGCCGACCAGGUCAUCCCCGCGAGUUGGCAGGCCGACGCCGCGUACAGCUCCGACGUCCAGUUCGAUGAUUGA